CCACUGUCCUUUCACUCACUUGCUAGCAGCCCUUACGGUGAUGAGGUUUCACCUGUCAUCAGCUCCCUGUCUCCGGAAUCAUUACGGAUGCUGAAUGGAACAUGUUUUGACGUCUGCGUAGUUUUGUUCCCCUAAUUAGUCUUAUGAGUUCUGAGAAUGUCCACAGUCAAUGUUGGGUGAUGUGUAAUUUUGCGCGCGUGUGGUUUUCUUAUUGACGCCUAUCACCGGUAUUUCAAAGCGAGCAGAUUUUUGGAAGUGUACUGAUAAGCGAAGCAUGGACUAAUCGUUCGUUGUUUUCGUUCAUGAUGGGACUAUUUCAACUUUGUUUUUUGUACUGUAUAUUUGGCAUCUGCCCAGCUCUAGGCUUUGGUGUCGAACCUGCCCUCCGCAUCAACGUUUUUGAUGAAUUGAAGCUGGGAGAAUCCUUUGCUGGAGUUUUCCAAGUUCAGGGCUUCCACAAUGAGAGCAGAGCCUUUCUUUUCCAAGACUCAUGGAGGAAUGUGAGGGCGAAGGAGGAUGUUGCCGAGCGGAUGUUGGGGAGGCUGAGGGACAGGACAGAGUUCACCGUGCUGCUCACUCUAAAACAGGAACGGAUCAACUCUGGUGUCCUGCUGUCCAUUCAUCACACAGGGCACAGGUACCUGGAGCUGGAAAGCAGUGGCCCGCGGAGCGAGAUCCGCCUCCACUACCGCACCAGGGCCCAGCGGGCGCACACGGAGGUGUUCCCCUACUCCCUGGCAGACGACCGCUGGCACAAGCUGUCCGUCACCGUCAGCUCCGCCCACGUGAUUCUGUAUGUCGACUGCAACAGGGUCUAUGAGAGGGUGAUUGAGCCUCUGUACCUGGAGCUCCCCGCUGAGACCACUGUCUGGCUUGGACAGAGGAACAAGGCCCAUGGGUACUUCAAGGGCAUAAUGCAGGAUGUUCAGCUGGUUGUCAUGCCCCAGGGCUACAUCUCACAGUGUCCAGACCUCAAUCGCACCUGCCCCACCUGCAAUGAUUUUCAUGGACUGGUCCAGAAGAUCAUGGAGCUACAGGAUGUGCUGGCCAAGACCUCCGGCAAGCUUUCGCGUGCGGAGGAGAAGAUGAGCGGGCUGGAUGGAUGUUACUGUGAGAAGACCUGCAGUAUGAAUGGUGUCCUGUACAGGGAGGACGAGGGAUGGACAGAUGGGUGUAGAAACUGCUCCUGCUAUAAUGGCACCGUCCAGUGUGAAACCAUCUCGUGCCCCCCCCCUCAGUGCCCCCCUGAUUCGGCUCCUGACUAUGUGCCGGGCGCGUGCUGUAAAGAGUGUCAGCCGGUUUGUCUAUUCAGAGGGAGAGUGUAUGUGGAAGGAGACGUGAAGAGUGUGAGGGAUUCAGCUGGAAACUGCAUACUGUUUGAGUGUCGGGAGCGCACCAUGCGGAGGGUUGAGAACACCCCCUGUCCUGAACUGACCUGCCCUGAGUCGGAGCAGAUUGCGCUCACUGACCAGUGCUGCAAGAUCUGCCGAGGUCAUGAUUUCUGCGCUGAGGGCCACAGUCUCAGCUGCAUGGAGAACUCAGAGUGUGUGAACUUGGAGGCCGGGUCGUGCUGUCGCUGUAAAGAUGGCUACCGAGCCCUGAGGGAUGACAGCGCGUACUGCCAAGAUAUUGACGAGUGUGCUGAGGGGAAGCACUACUGCAGGGAAAACACUGUGUGCGCCAACACCCCUGGUUCCUUCCUGUGUAUCUGCCGUACGGGAUACAUCCGGAUCGAUGACUACUCCUGCACAGACCACGAUGAGUGCAUGAUGGGUAUUCACAGCUGUGACCAGAAUGCAAUCUGUUUCAACACGGUGGAGGGCCACAGCUGUUCAUGUAAACCAGGCUACGCAGGCAACGGAACCUUCUGCACAGCUCUGUGUGAGGGUUGGUGCCAGAACGGGGGAUCCUGCGUGAACCCAGACACCUGCGUCUGUCAACAGGGCUUCACCGGGAAGAGAUGUGAGACCGACAUUGAUGAGUGUGCAGAUGGCUUUGUGGAGUGUGACAGCAGAGCCACCUGUGUCAACCUUCCUGGAUGGUUCCACUGUGAAUGUCGGGACGGUUACCAUGACAACGGGAUGUUCUCCGCCAAUGGGGAGUCCUGUGAAGACAUAGACGAGUGUGAAACAGGCAGACACUGCUGCGCCAACGACACGGUGUGUUUCAACGUGGACGGGGGCUACGACUGCAGGUGCCCCCAUGGCCAGAACUGCACUGGCGACUGUAACCACGACAACAAGCACAAACACAACGGGCAGAUCUGGGUCCUGGACAACGACCGUUGCUCCGUCUGCUCCUGCCAGUCGGGCCUGGUGAUGUGCCGUAGGAUGGUGUGUGAUUGUGAGACCAGCACAGCGGACCUGUUCUGUUGUCCUGAAUGUGACCCUCGACUCAGCAGCCAGUGUCUCCACCAGAACGGACUCAUCACUUAUAGCAGCGGAGACACCUGGGUGGAGAAAUGCCAGCAGUGCCAGUGCAUAUGUGCAUCACUGCUGCUUGUCUGAUCCCAGCUCAUCAGUAUUCCUUCUCUGGGGUUGACAGGGAUUUAAACUGCCUGAGCAUUGUGAUAAUACACACACACACACACACACACCCUCAGACAUAUCUACGAGCACACAGACACACACACACACACACACACACAUAAUUCCUUGCAGGCACACUGACACCUGACACCAUCUUGGUCACUUCUUUAUGCAUUUGGUUUGAGAGAAAUUAUUUUGACCCCAUAAGAAGUAGUACUAGCAGCAACAUUAAAGCAGACCUUAUCCUUCUUUGUUUUGGUUGAUAACCUGGUUUAGAAUGUGUUUAAAUUAGUCUUUUCUGUCAUAAUCCCUCAUUCAACAUUCCCUCAGAAAACUAAAGCAAGGGGAAGCGUCAAUAUUACUCUGGGACAGUAGGUGGCAAUGAGCUGGAAGUAGCAACAUAUGGCUUUACCAAGAGGAAGGAACUAAAGUCAGAAUAAAUUCACACUGUUGCAUUUGGGAAGCAUGCAAUAAAAAUGACAAGCCUCACUGAAGCCUCAGCAUUUAUACAUUUUACAUUUUAGUCAUUUAGCAGACACUCUUAUCCAGAGAAACUUACAAUAACUGCAUUCUUCUUAAGGUGUUUUGGAAAAACAACAUCCAACAAAGUACACUUUCCUUAACCAAAGCCAUAAGUUGGCAAAGUCAUUGCCAGAGAAAUCAAAGUUAAGUGAUUUAUUUUUUGUUUUUUGGGGUGGGGUAAACAAGUUAAUUAAGAUACUCAUCAAAGAGGUAGGUUUUCAGGCGCUUUUGGAAGAUUGGCAGGGACUCUGCUGUCCUGGCUUCAAGGGGAACUUUGUGCCAAGACAGAAGAGUUUUUUCUUGGCUGAGUGGGAGCUGCCCACCCGUGAGGGCUGGGUGGCCAAAAGAAAUGAAGUGGCAGAUCGGAGAGCACAGCUUUGGUUGUAGGGUUUAAGCAUAGCCUGCAGGUAGGGAGAUGCAGUGUCCUUUGAUGCUCCAUAGUCAAGCAUCAUGGUCCUGUAACGGGUGCAAGCUUCUACCGGAAGCCAAUGAGGGGUGACAUGGAUGGAUUUGGGAGGGGUUGAACAUAAGACGGGCUGCAGCGUUCUGGAUAAGUUGCAGGGGCUUGAUUGCACAAACGGGAAGCCCAGCCAACCGUGCGUUGCAAUAGUCCAGAUGGGAGAUUACAAGUGACUGCAUCAGAACCUGAGCUGCUUCCUGAGUCAAGUAGGUUCAUAUCAGUGCGAGUCACUGCUUUGAUGUUUGCAGAGAAUAAAAAGUUCUUGUCGAGAGUCAUGUCAAAGGUUCUUUGCGCUCUGUUAGGGGACAACCAUGGAUUUUUCAACCGUGAUGGACAGAUCUUGGAGCAGGCAGGAUUUCCCUGGGAGGAAGAGCAGCUCUGUCUAAUCAAUGUUAAGCUUGAGGUGGUGGGCUGACAUCCAAGCUGAAAUGUCUGCCAGGCAUGCAGAUAUGCGUGUUGCACAGUGCUUAAUUUGUAUAUUUACUGGUCCCGGAUUACAAAGUGAAUGCAGAUCCUGUACUUCUUCGGAAGGAAGGAGGUGCUAGAUCGAACAAGGUAUAGCAGGAUCACGGUGCUAAAAUAACUAAGGAAAAGCUUUGUGCACAUGCUGAAAAACAAGUAGAAAAAGAACACAGUGUUACAAUGAUGUUAUUUUCAUUAGUUAUUUUUGACCACUUCGUUGGUCAAACUCUCAUGUUUUAUUCUUGUUCAGACAAAAAACCUUUUCUUUCAAAUGAUGUGCAUGUCCCAAUAGGUACCGGAUAAGAGUCGCCAAAUCCCAAAUCUGGAUCCAGAGGUCCCGGACCUGAAAUUAAGCACUGGUGUUGCAGCCUGGGAAUCAGAAGGGACAUUGAUAGGACAGGCCAUGUCUGGAUAUGACAGUUCCCAGACCUUGUGUAGAGAGAAAAGAGGAGUAGGCCAAGGACUGAUCCCUGGGGUACACUAGUAGUGAGAGGGCUUGGUGCAGACACAGACCCGCUCCACGCAACCUGGUAGGAGCAGAUUGCCAGGUAGGAUGCAAACCAAGAGUUGGCUGAACCUGAGACCCCCAGCUCUGAGAGGGUGGAGAGGAGGAUCUGGUGGUUCACAGUUUUAAAGGUGGUGGACAGAUCAAGGAGGAUAAGAACAGAGGAAAGAGAUCUUCUCAGUGUGGAGAACCUCUGUGACACAGUGAAGAGUGGUAACGGUCAACACUUACAAUAGUGGAGGCAGCAGCAGUGGGAGUAACAUUGGCGGUUGUCAACCCAGAUGGAGUGGCACUGGAGCAGACGGAUGAAGCAGGAGUAGCAGCUAAUCUCGUCAGGUUUGAAUGAAUGAAUUAGUAAUAUAAUAAUGUAGUAAGAAUGACACAGCUAGCAAAACUAUUGUUCUUUCUGGUCCCACUCUCUCUCUCCAGGCGGCUGGUCUCACUCUCUUUUCCCUUCCUCACCCCCCCGUCAUCCCCCUGAAGGGAUGUAAACAAGGAACUUGAAAUAGCGACCUCCUGGAGAGACGUACAGUGCAGCCUGAGGUAUAGAAAGAGCGAGAGAGAGAGAUGAAUAAACAGGGGAGAGAAAAAGGAAGCGCUUCGUAAUGAGCUGAAAAACAGAUAUGUAGCGAGAAGGAGGGAGAUUAUUCCUGAUAGUUUGACGAAAGAGAAGCUGGAUCCGGAGUCUCCUUGAGAUUCUCUCCCCUGCCUGCAAAAACUAUUCUGAUUCUGAAAAUACCUGUUUGCUUCACCUUUUAUAAAAGACAGAAAUAAAACUCAUCCAUGCCCUGAGGGCUCAGAUGACAUUAACAGGUUUCCUCUCUUGGUCAGUUGGCUUUUUUUGGAGAUCACAUCAUAUUCUGAACCCAGUUAUGGGCCUGUGAUGAGAAAGGUCUUUGUCCAAAUGGUUUGGAUUAUAAAGUUUGCAUACACCUGUACAUCUCCCUGGGGUACAUCUCCGAUUGGGAGGAAAUGUACUCCUCCAAAGCCUGGUGGCUCUUGAGUUGAGAGGGUCAGCUAACUCAUCAGUUCCGACCGGUCUUAUGGGCUAGCUAGCCGAAACACGGGGGCGA